GUUGGUUUCGGGAAGCAGCUGUCUGUCGUCUCAUAGUUCAUGAGAAUCCGAGCGUAGGCGAAGGUGGGGAAAUACGUCCACAAGAUAAUGGAGCCUGACUGUCACUGUGCGUGUUAGGUUUUUCUCAUGUCAGCUCACACCUUCAAAAGCUUGGCGUUAAAUGAGAUUUUGGCUGUGCCCACCAUGUCUAUAAGUGGGUGGUCCACGCGUUCAAGGCCAGGGCCAUUUCCGGGCCUUUCAGAGCCUCCUCAGGGUCGGGGCACCCAUGUUUACCUCUUCUGGACAACGGAAGGGGAAAGAUAUCUGUCCCACACAAAUGGAGAGGUGACAGCAGAGGAUCUGUGUAUCUCUGCAGCAGAGGCUAUAGGGAUAACUCCUCUUUGCCAUGUGUUGUUUGCUCUGUACAAUCCACAAACACACUGCUGGUACAGUCCAAACCACGUUUUCCAUCCAGAGGAAAACUCCAGCCUCGUACUUCACUACUGUAUGAGGUAUUACUUUCGGAAUUGGCACGGACUAAAUAAGGAGCCAACUGUAUCCCGUUAUGCUCUCAGAUCUGGGACAGAUCAAGGGGCAGCCCCUCUGCUUGAAAUCGCUGCCUUAGAGUACUUAUUCUCCCAGGCUAAAUAUGAAUUUGUGAACGAAGUAGUGCAGAUGGAAGACGUUCAGUCAGAGGAGGAACUGAGUCGCUUCAAAAAUGAGAGUUUAGGGAUGGCUGUACUUCACCUCUCACAUCAGGCAAUGCAAACAGGCAGUACCUUACAAGAUGUUGCCAGAAAAAUCAGCUUCUUACACUGCAUUCCAAGGUCUUUCGCCAAACACAUUUCUAAAGACAACUUCCUCACAAAAAUCAGGAUCCGGCGGGUGUUUGCAGACUUUGUGCGGACCUUCCAGCAGCACACUGUGGAUAAAGGGCGGCUGGGCACCCAAGAGAUCAUGUAUAAGUACAUCUCUACUCUCGAACACUUGGCACCAUGUUUUGGCAUAGAGACCUUUCCCGUAUCCCACCUUGAGCUAAGAGAGGAUGGGGAUGGAAGUAGUUCUUACUCCAACACCACUCAUGCGCAGGGUGUCUCGAAAGACAGCUUCAUAGCUCCCCCCACACAUGAAAUAAUGGUGUCCGGCACCAAGGGGAUUCAGUGGAGGAAGGUGUCCGGUCAGAAGGCGCAGGCUAACUCUUACUUCAGGAAUGACCAUCUGAACUACUUGAGGAAAACAAAACAAGAGUCCAGCCAACCGAAUGCGAACACUCCCGAUAAAUGGACCUCCUUCUGUGAUUUCCCUGAAAUAACUCACAUAGCCAUCACUGGAGCUAAUGUGUGCAUUAGCACUCAGGACAAUCACUGCAUGGAGGUUCACAUGAACUCCAGCCAGGAGGCCCGUUCCUUCAUCUCCCUCCUAGAUGGAUACUACCGGCUGACUGCAGACGCCCACCACUAUCUUUGUCAUGAAGUGGCUCCCCCAAGGGUAGUGCUGAGUGAAGCAAAUGGACUGCAUGGACCUAUGCAUGAUGAUUUUGUGCUACUGAAGCUUAAAAAGGAGGCGGCAGAGGAGGGAGCUUUCCUCGUACGUUGGAGUGCACUCGACUAUCACCGCAUCAUCCUAGCUGUCCUGAACAAAAAUGAGAAUGGAUCGACGCCAAGCCACAAGCAGUUUCGAAUUCACUACAAUAAUUCAACGUUCUGCCUGGAGGGCUGGGACCGGGAAUUCUCCAGCGUCAAGGAACUCACAGACAGCCUCAAGACCUUUGUACUCAAGUCUGGUUCAGACAGCUUUACUGUCAAAAAAUGCUGUUUUCCGAGACAAGCAGAGCUAUCCAACCUCCUGGUGAUGAGGCAAGGUGUUGAUCACCGCGUUCACAGUGACGCCUUGUCCCUGAACAUGACCCAGCUACGCUUCCACCAGAUCAAGGACAAAGAGAUCGUACAGGGACAGCAUUUGGGCCGUGGGACCAGAACAAACAUCUACUCAGGACGUCUGCUGGUGCGAGGCGGAGGGGACGAGGAUGACGAGUUCAACAACAACUCUUCUGGCCGCAAAGGGAUCCAAGUGGUUCUCAAGAUCCUAGACCAAAGCCACAAAGAUAUUGCACUAGCAUUUUUUGAAACCGCAAGUCUGAUGAGCCAGGUAUCCCACAGUCAUCUGGUGUUUGUACACGGUGUGUCCGUCAAAGGAUCUGAAAACAUAAUGGUGGAAGAAUUUGUGGAGUUUGGGCCUUUGGAUGUUUUCCUCCACAAAGAAAAGGCAUCAGUGACUCCUCAGUGGAAAUUCAUUGUUGCAAAACAACUUGCCAGUGCCCUCAAUUAUCUUGAGACCAAACGGCUGGUUCAUGGAAACGUUUGUGCCAAGAACAUUCUGGUGGCAAGGCGUGGUCUGGAGCAUGGUACUACUCCUUUUGUCAAGCUGAGUGAUCCAGGAAUUGCCCUGAGUGUCCUCUCACGGGAUGAGCGUCUUGAGCGUAUCCCAUGGAUUGCUCCUGAGUGUGUUGACAGCGGUACAUCCAUUGGCAAUGCGUCUGACCAGUGGAGCUUUGGUGCCACACUGCUGGAAAUCUGCAACAACGGUGAUCUUCCCAUGAGUGGCAGCACAUUGUCUGAGAAAGAGCGCUUUUAUCAGCAAAAGGGGUGUUUAGCUGCACCAUCCUCCCAGGAACUGGCCAAAUUCAUCAACAUGUGCUUGACCUACGAGCCUGUGGAGAGGCCUUCUUUCCGCACUGUGCUCAGAAAGCUCACAGAAAUCAUGAUCAAAAAUCCUGAUAUAUCCCCAAGUGAAACUCUCCCUGUCAAGGUCCCUAGCACGUUCCAUAAACGCUACCUGAAAAAGAUGCGGGACUUGGGAGAGGGUCACUUUGGAAAAGUGACUCUCUACUUGUAUGACCCGGCCAAUGAUGGGACAGGAGAGCUUGUGGCAGUGAAGGCUUUGAAACAAGAGAAUGGUCAUGUGGAGAGCUGGAUGAAGGAGAUUGAGAUCCUGAAGUCCCUUGAUCACAGCAACAUUGUCAAGUACAAAGGCUGUUGCACUGAACUUGGAGGACAAGUGGUGCAGCUAAUAAUGGAGUACCUGCCUCUGGGGAGUCUGCGAGAGCACCUUCCUAAACGUAAACUGGGUGUGCCCCAGUGCCUUAUGUUUGCUCAGCAGAUCUGCCAGGGUAUGGACUACUUGCACUCAAAGCGAUACAUCCAUCGAGACCUAGCUGCCCGUAAUGUCUUAGUGGAAAAUGAAAGUUUGGUAAAGAUUGGAGACUUUGGCCUGACAAAAUACAUCCCAGAAGGCGAGAUCUACUAUCGUGUCCGUGAGCACGGGGACAGUCCAGUGUUCUGGUAUGCCAUUGAGUGCUUGAAGGAGAGUAAAUUUUCCUUUUCGUCUGACGUUUGGUCCUUCGGCGUUACGUUAUAUGAGAUCUUGACCCGCUGUGACCCUCGCCAAAACCCUCCAACAAAGUUCGUUGACAUGAUGGAACCAACACAGGGACAGAUGACUGUGAUGGUACUCAUAAAACUGCUGGAGAAACGUAUGCGGUUGCCUUGUCCCAGAGACUGCCCGCAUGAGGUGAAGAUGCUAAUGGAGCAGUGUUGGGCUUCAGAACCUGGAGAUCGGCCAUCAUUCAAAUCCCUAAUUGAAAAGUUUGAAGCAAUUCGCCGAACAUACGACUGGCAGUCUAAUAUAAACUUUUCUUUGGCUCAGAUUUGCUGAUCAGGACUCUGAAGAUCUUCAUGUCUACAUGUUAUCACUUUGCCACUAUGGCAACAAUGCAAUGCCUGCUGCCUCUAUUUACAUAGAUAACUUUAUACUGUAGGUUUCUUUUUGAUAAAAGCACAUUGCAAUCCUCUCAUAUGUGAUAUUAACACAACAAUAAAUUAAAUAGUUGUGUUUUUUUUCUGGUUUGAUGAGAUGAAUGUUAUUAGGAAAGGGGAUGUCUUUGGUAGUUAGCCACUGAGUUUCAGCGUUUGUCUUUCAUAAGUUAUAGUUUGCAUAUAUCACAGUGAGUAUUAAGAAUUUAUGUAUGGUUGGGAGAUUACUAUUUCAUUUUAUGUUUCAUUUGUGUACAUUUGUUUGAGUGUAUGUUAAUCUUUGCAUUUAAUUUUGUAUAAACCAAAAGAACAUAUACAAAAUCGAAUAAACCAUUUUUCAAACACCUGUUCAUUAAAGAUUGAAACUGUCAAAAAGUGAA